AUGGCCAAAAGAGUGUACCCCCGCACCAUCGUCGAAGAGGCCCCGAGCCACGACGGCAGGCCCUGCUACGCGGCCUGGCAGAUGACGGAAAUGGACCCCGACACCCAGACGCCGCCGGACGCUUCCAAUCGGCCCAAGUGGUCCAUCCAGCUCUACGACACCACGCCCGCGGCCGGCGACCGCGAGCACAUCAAAGCCACAGUAAAGAGGCUCGAGGAGUCGACGCGUCGGGCCCGCAGAAGGCGCGAGGCGACCAGUCGCGUCGAGGUCCACGGCCUCGUGCUCCCCGCCGGCACGCCCGAGGCUGAACGCGUGGCUCUGUGCACGGCGCACCACCGCGCCGAGGUCGCCGCGCGGAACGCCUCCGGCACGGCCGACUUCUUCAUCCCCCCGACAUUUGACGACACGUGGGAGCGCCGCAUCCUCAUCAUCAAGAAGCCCGAUGCCGCCGCCAGAGAUGAGAGCUUACCGGGGACGGGCGAGAGGGACGACAACGACGACGACGACGACGACGGCGACGGCGCUUUCCUUGCCGUGUUUUUCGACUUAAAACCCGAGGCCGCGGCCGAGGACCCCGGCAUUCCCGACUGCGUGGUGAAGCGAUUCCCGGGCAAGGAAUUGGGUGACAGGCUGCAGAGCUUCACUAGCUCGAUCGAGUGGUUCUACGACUCGUAUGUGGCAGACGGGACGAUCUAUAGCGACCUGGAGAAGUGGCGACGAAAGGCCUAG